UUGAAAAGUCUUUAUACGAAAGCUUGUACAACUAGCUUACCUCUCAAUCCAUGGUGCAAUUAUAUAAAAGCGAGAUCUCAACUCCUGGAUUUGACACCUGGUAGAUUCUGAAUUGAAGAUGUAUGUUACAAGACGUCUUUCUGAGUACCAGAGGAAUCCGUUGGAGUUGGAACAGCGGCCACCAGAAGGUCCAAACUCUGGAGUACUUGUGAUUCAAGACGAAGAGUCAAGACCCCUCUCUUGCUUUGGGUUGUGCUAUGGUCAAGAUCUAAAAGGCUUGCCGUUCCCACAGAACGCAAAGCUGACGGUGAGCUAUAGUGACGGAGAUGACUCAUAUCAUGACCCGGUCUUGUUCAUCCCGGUUCUCGAUCAGCCCUUAUCUUCAAACUGUUAUUAUGUCAUUAUAAGACGUGGGAAGCAUUCAGGAGAAGCAUCGGCAAGUGCCAAAGAGGAAGACAGAGUCCCAUGCUGCGUUUGUUUCAACUAUGUCCCUGAAGCUAAGCCACGACAAGCAGAUCCUUAUGACAUAUACCAACAAUUCGAGAUCCAUCAACGAAAGUCUUAUUAUUACUCUGCAACAUCCGUUUCUCCUGACGGGGUGCCACCCUGGUUCCUUAAAAGAAAAAACUGGAGGGUUGGGUACUCAACUUCCCAAGACUUCGGUCUAAUAGAUGAUGCAAAGGGAAUUAACACUAUGCGUCGUUCAAAGCUUCCUGGUGAUUUUAAUACAAGCGUUGUGGUAGGGAAAUGGUAUGUUCCUUUCAUAUUUGUGAAAGAAAGAGACGCAAAGGCUCAGAUAAAGAGAUCAACUUAUUACAGCAUGACUCUUAGACAGAGUUGGGAAGAGGUUUACUAAUGUUGGAAGGUUGAUUACAACGAACAAGACAGAGAGGUAGUAGUUGAUGUUGAAGUAGAAUCAGAAUUGGUGAAGCUUGAAGGGCAAGUGAUUGGAAAAGAAACCAGAGGUGUGGAUGAAAAUGGGGUUGUGUGGUUCGAGAUUGCAGGCAAGAAGAUAGGUUUAAGAUCAAUGGUCGUGGAGAGGAUGAAAUGGGAAGAGGAGAGAUUUGGAUGGUCGAAGGAAACUGAUGACAUAAAGUCUAGGAUUAAGAGAUCAGAGAUAUUUGACGGCAAUGCAAUGCUUUGGCAGAGUUAUAAAUGUUAUGUAUUGGUAGAGAGCUUUGAAUUGAAGAGAAUGGAUGGGAGUUUGGUGUUGACAUUUGAGUUUAGACAUGUUGAUAAGUUAAAGAGCAAGUGGGAUUGAGUUCAAUUCAUUUAUGUUUUCAUUGUGUGUCAUGUGUGCAACUGUUGAUUUAAUAUCUUGGUGAAGAAGGUUCAUGCAUGUUUUUGUAAUAAUAUAA